AUGGAGAUGGCGAGCGCGAGGAGGAGGGCGAAGCAUAGCGGCGGCGACCAGAUCGUGCUGUGGGGCGCCUGCGUGCUCAUCUCCUCCCUCUCGCUGCUCGUCGCCGCCGUCUCCUCAGGGUUCGGCGCCGCGAGGAUCACCGGGGAGGUCAGCGCGCUCGUGAGGGCCACGAGCGGCGUCGUUCACGCGGGCGGCGACGGCGACGGCGGGUACUGCGUCGAGGAUGACCUCAGCAGCAUGUCCGUCGCCGGGGACUGGGUGCGCGACGCUGUGCAGCACCCGCUCUACGAGCCGGGACAGUGCCCGUUCGUCGACGAGGGGUUUCGGUGCAGGGAGAACGGCCGGCCGGACGACGAGUACCCCAAGUGGAGUUGGCGGCCAAGGCGCUGCAUGCUGCCAAGAUUUGACGCCAAGAAGCUGCUCGAGAUCCUCCGAAACCGCCGCCUCCUGUUCAUCGGCGACUCCAUCGGCCGGAACCAGUGGGAGUCGAUGCUGUGCAUGCUCUCCUCGGCAGUCACCGACAAGAGCUCGGUGUACGAGGAGAACGGGAACCCCAUAACCAAGCACAAGGGCUUCCUCUCCUUCAGGUUCCGGGACCACAACUGCACCGUGGAGCACUACCGGUCGCCCUACUUGGUCCGGCGCGGCCGUCCGCCGCGCCGCGCACCGAAGCACGUGCAGUCCACGCUGCAGUUGGGCGCCAUGGAUUUGAGAGCUCAUCAGUGGAAGGACGCAGAUAUCUUGGUGUUUAACACGGGGCACUGGUGGAACCAAGAAAGGCUACUGCAACUAGGAUGCUACUUCCAGGACGGCAAGAAGCUGCGGCUGGACAUGAGCAUCGAGGACGCCUACCAAAGAGUGAUGAAUACACUGCAGGAAUGGAUCCAAAAGGAAGUAAAAGCAACAAAAACCCUGGUCGUUCUCCGAACAUACUCACCAGCACACAUAAGGGUAACAAACAAUGAAGGCUGUGCCACGGAGACGCUACCGGAGCUGAACACGUCCAGGAUCUCACUGCACCAGUGGCCAGGCAUGCUGAACCCGGCUUUUGUGGCAUCGAAGUCCCAUAACGUGCCGAAGCUGCAUCUUCUGAACAUCACCCUGAUGACGGCGCAGAGGAGAGACGGCCACCCGUCGAGAUACAACGUCGCCCAGUCGUCGAGGAUGUCGGCCGGGCAAAGGGCGGACUGCAGCCACUGGUGCCUGCCCGGCGUGCCGGACGCGUGGAAUGAGCUCCUCUACUCUUUAGUUAUCAGGAGGUUUUUGUGA